GAGUUUGGGAGCCCUGUGUACCUGUUGUCAUGGGAACAUAAAUCCCUUUUCCACUGCUGUGCUCCUGGUUCCAGCCACCAGCCUUCUUUCUGUUCCUGAAAUAGCCUAAGUCUUUCCUAAUCAUUGGUCUUUCACUUUCUGUUCUUCUGCCUGAAACGUUCACAUUCCUCAUUUCCCUUCAGGUCUCAACUCAAAUGGCACCCUGGCAAAGAGGUUUUUCCUACUGAAGUAGUUGAAGUAGUCUUAUUGAUUUCAGAUUUUAUUUAUUUAUUUUUAUAGAGGGUAAGGGAGUGAGAAAGAGAGGGAGAGAAACAUCAACGUGUGGUGGCCUCUCUUGAGGACCCCACUGGGUUGACCUGGCCCACAACCCAGGCAGUGUCCUGACUGGGAAUCAAACCUGUGACCCUUUGGUUCACAGGCCAGUGCUCAAUCUACUGAGCCACACCAGCCAGGGCUAAUCUUACUGAUUUAGUUGCUAGGCUUCUUUAUUAUGUUACGCCAAUAGAACAAGCUCCUCAAGAGCAGAGUUCUUGCCUGUCAUCUUGUUCUCUCCCCUCUCUGUGCCUAGAAUAGUGCCUAGCUAAAAAUAGGUGCUCAAUAAAUAUUGAAUGAGUAAGUGUAGAAAUUCCCUCUUUUCUGGGUAUUCCAACCUACUCCAAACACCCUUUGAUGCACAAACAUGAUGGUCCUCCUCUUCUUUUCCUGAGCUGGGAGCUCCUAUAUAUCCCAUUUGCCUAAUACACACACUUAACUUCUAUGCCUAGCUGCACCUACACUUUCAGAAAGGAUGACGUACUUCCUCCUCUAAAGCUUUUUCUGUCGGCUGAUUCAGUAGGGCAGGACCUGCCCCUUUAAUCUGGGCCCCACCUGCUCUGGUCAGACUGGUUUGGAGACACAGGUAAAGUGAAAGAAAGGAAUACUUGCAGAGCCAGCAGGGAGCUGGGCAGCUCCUUCGCAGAAGCUGGGGACCCUCCACCUCUCUCCAGAUGGAAAGUCCCAGAAAGGGCUAACUCUCCUGAGGCCAGCUGCCCUGCAUGCAGAGUUUCAGUUCUAUCAACCCAUCAGAAGGGCCAGAGGACAGGAGCUUCUGACAGAGCUUUCCUCUGCUAACCUCCACAGUGACAUGACCUCACCAUAGCCUCCAGAACUGAGGUCCCAAGAUGACAGAACCCGAGACCCUGGCCCUGCUGGAAGUGAAGGGGCCUGAGGCCCCAGAGAAGAGCCCACCCCAGGCCUUGGUCCCCAAUGGCCAGCAGCCAGAAGGAGAGAGCGGGGCCAAAUCCCCCAGUGCUGAGUCCUCUAGAGUGGGGUCUUCAGCUGGGUCUCCCACAGCUGGAGAGGGGGCUGAGGAUGGUCUAGACAGCACAGUAAGUGAGGCUGCCACCUUGCCCUGGGGGGCUGGCCCCCAGCUCAGUGCCCCAUUCCCGGACCCCCCUGGCUGGCGGGACAUUGAGCCUGAGCCCCUGCAGUCAGAGCCACUCAGUAAGCUAGAGGAGUUGCCUGAAGAUGAUGCCAACUUGCUGCCUGAAAAGGCUGUUCGGGCCUUUGUGCCCAUCGACCUGCAAUGCAUUGAGCGGCAGCCUCAGGAGGACCUCGUUGUGUGCCGUGAGGCAGGUGAGGGAGAGCACCACCAGACCUUCUUGCCCACCCGAACCACCCACCUGGAGCCCUCUGAGCGCAAGUGGGCCGAGGCUGCGGUAAGGCCACCAGGACAUGCCUGUAGCAGCUGCGGGAGCUGCGGGGGUCCUGAGGGGUUGAGGGCGGUGGCCUCAGUGGGAGCCGCCCUCAUCCUGUUCCCCUGCCUGCUAUAUGGAGCGUACACCUUCCUGCCCUUUGAUGCCCCUCGGCUGCCCACCAUGAGUUCCCGCCUCAUCUACACGCUGCGCUGCGGGGUCUUCGCCACCUUCCCCAUCGUGCUGGGGAUCCUGGUGUAUGGGCUGAGCCUGUUGUGUUUUUCUGCGCUGCGGCCGUUUGGGGAGCCACGGCAGGAGGUCGAGAUCCACCGGCAGUACGUGGCCCAGUCAGUCCAGCUCUUCAUCCUCUACUUCUUCAACCUGGCUGUGCUUUCCACCUACCUGCCCCAAGAUACCCUCAAACUGCUCCCUCUGCUCACUGGCCUCUUUGCGGUCUCCCGGCUAAUAUACUGGCUGACCUUCGCCGUGGGCCGCUCCUUCCGAGGCUUUGGCUACGGCCUGACGUUCCUGCCCUUGCUGUCCAUGCUAGUGUGGAACCUGUACUACAUGUUCGUGGUGGAGCCUGAGCGCAUGUUCACCGCCACAGAGAGCCGCCUGGACUACCCUGACUACGCCCGCUCGGACUAUAGGCCCCGCCCCUGGGGCUGAGCAGCUAUCCUGUCCCCAGCCUGGGUACCUGUGUGGGAUGAACCCUGCUGAUCUGACAGGGUCCCAUCCAAUCAGAGUUUGGACUGCCCCACCUCUCUUCCCCAGUCAAGGAUGCCCUUUACCUUCUGGGCCUGGGAUGGUCAUGAGUGGGGGAGGUGGACUGACAUGGUCUUGCAGGGAAGGAGGUGCACAGCCAUGUUCCUUAAGGAUGCUGAGGGCGUAGGGCCAGGACUGGGAGGAGAAGCACGGUUCCUUCCUGAGCAGCCUCCCACCACAGCCACUAGGGUGCACCCCUGCUGGACUUGGCUCCACUCUCCAGCCUCCUGAGAGGCAGUGGGCAGAGCUGCAGCCAAAACUCUGACCAUUUCUGUGCCAGUUGUCUAAGCAGAGGGCCUCACAGAGACUGGAAAUACUGGUCAUGCCCAAAAGUAAAGGCUGGACAUCAGGUCAAAUAGGACCCUCAUGUCCCAUAAAACCAUCCUGGGAGCCUGCGUUGAGGACCCUUCAUGACUGGCCCUCACAGGUCCUUUAGCUUCAGCCAAGACUAUUACACCUUCCCCAACCCAGAGCUGCUGCUUCCUCCCCUCCAACCAACUAGGCCCCUGUAAAGUCCCACCUCCAAACUGCCCAGAAGAGAUGAGCGGACAGGAAAACCCAAGAGGUGUGUGUGUGUGUGUGCCCAUCUGUCUGCGUCCACGCAUGUGGUGGCCGGGGAGGGGUUGAGAGGCACAUGGCUGGUGUCGGCCCCAUGUGAGGUGUACGUGCGGGUGGGUGUAACAAUA